AGCACUGAGAGGGAAGACAGAAUAGUGAGAGUAACAGAAAGAAUGGCGUAUUGGUAGCCCCUCGGUAAGCAAAGAUUAACUAUUUAUACACGUUUGAAGGCACUUAAUUAAGGCGGUGUGGAUGUGUGUGUGUGCUGGCAAGAAGAUUGAGGCGGUAGCAGAUCCAUCCGGCCCGGGACAGUGUCCAUCAGGAAACUAGGUGGGUGGUGACGUCAGCACGGCCAGGACAGCAAGAAGAGACAGCACUCAACAGCGGGACGUCAGCACCGGCCGCGGUAUGGAGGUGGAGGUAGAGGAGGUGGCUAAUCUUCUUUUCGAGGACGAGAUUCCCGAAGGUUGGAAUGAGAACGAUGACUUCCCUAACUACAUCAUCCAGUUGGCCUCCUGUGGCGUGGAGAAACUCGGCAAGGAGAGUGCACACCUGCGUGAAGAAAGGAAUGCUAUAUUGGAUCAGACCAAAGACCUCGCCUACACCAACUACAAGACCUUCAUUCACACAGCUGAAUGCUCCAAGACCAUCUACAACGAUUUUACCAGUGUGGAGAGUCACUUGGAGGGACUGUCUUCCUGUCUUCCUAACCUGAGAAAGAGUGUUGAGAGUUUCCUGGCCACCUCCAAGAACCUGGCCCAGUCAAGACACCUCACCUCACUCACCCUCACGAAACACACACAACUGCUUGAGAUUCUUGAAUUGCCGCAGCUGAUGGACACCUGUGUCAGGAACGGCUAUUAUGAGGAGGCUCUGGAGAUUGUGGCCUACGUUCGGCGGCUGGAGAAGAAACACACAGACAUUCCCAUUAUUGUGGGUAUUGUGAAGGAGGUACAGGCAGGCACUCGUCUCAUGCUGAGCCAACUCCUGGCACAGCUGCGCUCACCCCUGGCACUGCCACAGUGCCUCAAAGUGAUAGGCUUGUUGAGACGUCUUGAUGUCUUCACUGAGCCUGAACUGAGACUGAAGUUCCUCCAAGCUCGAGACUCUUGGUUCAAUGGCAUCUUGAAGAGCAUACCAAGGGAAGAUGCGUACCAGCAUAUCAUCAAGGUGGUGGAGGCCUCCAGGGUACAUCUCUUUGAUAUUGUCACACAGUACCGAGCCAUUUUCUCUGAUGACGACAACAGAUUUGGUCUUGGGGACCCAGAGGUCAACGAACAAGCAAUAUUCCAUGGCUGGAUAUUGCACAAGGUCAACCAGUUCAUUAGGCUGGUGGAGAGGGACCUGCAGCGAGGUGUGGGCAGCAAUCUGGAGGCCGUCCUGGCACAGUGCAUGUUCUUUGGCCAGUCAUUCAGCCGCAUCGGAGCCGAUUUCAGAAACCUCCUAAUCCCUCUGUUCCAGAAAGCAGCCUUAACACAGCUUGAGAAGGACAUCAGAAUUGCCAAUAUAAAGUUUGAUGAGACCCUGAGUUGUUUUUCUCUUAUGGAAGCCCAACAACUGAGUUCAUCCGCAACACUUCUGCCAGAAACACAGGACAAGACCAGACCACCUCUCUCUCUGAUGGAGUUUGCACCGCUGGCUCACUACAUGAAUGGCCUGGUGGCCGCCUUCAACACCCUGCGGCAGUGUUGCCCUGUGGCCACUCUGUCAGAAGCCAUGAAGCUCAUCCAACAGUCUCUUGGAAAAGUUAUUUCUGCCUUGCUUGAGCUGCACCGGCUGGAGAGCUCUGGCUUCACGGCUCGAGAGGUGGCAUCGUUCCAGCGCAUGUGCUGCGUGGUGGCCAACGACCUCUUCCCACACAUCAACAAGUGUCUGCGCUUUCUUUAUCCCCUCCAGCAGAUAGCACUCAUCACUGGUAUUCCUGUUAACACACUUCAGAGACAGAACUGUGGUCAGUUGAGUAGCGAGGAGUUACUUGCCCCCAUUCAGCAUCUGUUACCCGAGGUGGAGGAGAAAGUACUUAACUUUGAUGUGAGAGAGACCAUCAUAGAAGAGAGGGGUUCUGAAAUAGACUUCACACAGACAGCACAGAGAGAUAUUCCAAGUGACAGACUAGAAGCCCCAGCUGUGAUUCAGGCUAAAGCUGGGGAUGCUGACCAGACUACAGAUGUAACAACUCGGGAGCCUGAAACUCCCAACAAUGAAACUUCUAUUUCUGAAACCCCCAGCAGUACAGAAGCUCCAGGUGAAGACACUGAAGCAAUGUAUACAUUAGGUCCAGACAAUGAAGAUGAACAAAUUAUUUCAGUACACGAUGAAAGACAGUCCUCGACCGAAGAGCUGUCAGUGAAAGAGGAAAGUGUGCCGUCCUCUCACAACCCACUAGUACCAACUGAUAGUGACACCCAUACCAUUUCUUGAACGAAUACUGUACAGAAUAAUAAUCCAUGCCAUAGUAUGCAAGUUGAUAAACAGGAACAGCUUGAGCUUGAAAGAACAGCAUUAUGACAGUGUACACCUUUAGUGUGGACAAACAUUAUGCAGUUUGGGUACUUUUCUGUAUUUAUAUUAUGUUCUGGACCUUAAGAUGAUUGUGGCAUUUUAUGCAAACAGGAUGUGUGAUGUUUUAACUGCUAAUUGGUCUACACACAUUUUUUAAGAUAAGCAGGAAAUUAACUUUGCAUUCCUACCAAAAUUUAGAUAAUGCAGUACUUUUAUGAAACAAAUACAAAAGCAGCUCAAAGUAACUAACUGUGCAAGCUAAUCAGCAGCAUUAUCCAUUAUCCUUGUACUGAAAACAACCAGUCAGGUGAGAUGAUACACACAAGUGACCAAGUGCAGAGAACCAGUGUGUGGCCUCAUAUGUAGUGUAGAGGCAAGGUUGGCAUCUGUGCCUCACACAUACCACCAACAAGUUCUCUGUUGUACAACGUAAGUGAUUAUGAUACUUUUUUCCUCACUGGUGUGUGUGUACCCAUAUAUUAUUGAAAAUAUAUAAAUAUUUUACU